AUGAGCAUCUGUCGGGAAUUCUCAACAGCAGCGGUGGAUGGCGGAUCAUGUAAGGACCAUGUAGUGACAGGCCUGCCCAUUUCCUCGGAGGAGCAGAUGAUACAGGAAGAGAAAAAUACCUGCCUCAUACCACCUCCCUGUCCUCCUGGCUGCUGCUGUCCUUGCCCAGGUUUCCUGGUUCUGUGUGAGUCCCUGGGUCUCAGGUCACUUCCUCGCUCUGUCCCUCUGAGUACCUCGGCUCUAUCUGUGGCCAGAAACCAGCUCUGUAACGUUGACCACCUGCUCCGGCCCUUCUCUGACCUGCAGGAGCUGAGCCUCCGUCAUAAUCUGCUGGCCCGCUUCCCUCGCGGCCUGCCCCCCAGCCUGGAGUCCCUGCUGCUGCAAGAAAACCGCAUCACUUAUAUCACCUCAGGCGCCCUGCGACAACUGGGGAACCUCACUCGCCUGGACCUGGAGGACAACCGCAUCCGUGCCAUCCAACCCGGGGCACUUCAGGGUCUUAACAAGCUGCAGGUCCUGACCCUGAAGGGGAACAAGCUUACAAGCCUCCCUGUGAAUCUUCCUCUUUCACUGACACAUUUAGACCUCUCAGCAAACUGCAUCUCGGUCCUGGACCUGCCCUCGCUGUCUGCCCUGGUCAACCUGCAGAUCCUCAAGAUCAACAGCAACUGCCUGCGGUCAGUCCCAGAGAGUGCCUUUGACAGCCUGCCACGUCUCAGAUCGGUGGACCUCACCAACAACCUGUGGGUGUGCGAGUGUGACAUCUUGUAUCUUUACCGCUGGCUGCUGAGUGGUAGGCUGAGGAUGGCCACCGACCUGGUGUGCAGCGAGCCAGUCCAUUUUGCUCACCGCCUGCUUCUGAACCUCUCCGUCAUGGAUAUCUGUCCUCGUCUCCUGAAGCCAAAUGAGAGGACACAGCAACUGGACUUCAACUCCGCGCUGGAGAGAAAGCUAGAGACGCUGACAGCGAAGCCCACGGGACCAAGCCCGUUUAAAAACAAGAGGUAUUUGGGAAACUUGUCAAAGCGAGUAUCACAGAAAACCACUGCUGGACUUCUUUCCAACGAUGCUCACAAGACUCAUGUGUUAACUGACCACUACUCUUUAGAGACCCUUACCUAUGAGGAGUGUUUGUCCCUAAAUAAAACACAAUCAGUCAGCCCGCCACAUUUAAAAACCACUACUUCUAUCCCUGAUAAGGAACAGAACUGCAGAGACAACAUCACAGGUCGGUCCCCUCACCUUAAUGCAACCUCUGCUGAAGGGACACGAUCUUUGCUCUCCACAAACAGAGACGCACCCUGGCCCACUCCCGACCCACGGCCGUUCACACAAGACUCUGCAGUGGUCCUCUCUCUGCUCGCUGUGUUGUGUGUAUUACUAGUUCUCCUAAUGCUGGCAGUGCUGCUUGUACUGAAAAAGGUACUUCUGCACCAACAGAGGGUGGCUCCGCUUGAUGUAGGAUCUGGUGAAUGA